AGAACGUGUACGUCAUUUUCACAAUGGCGGAGGCUGGGUAAGGAGGAGAGAGUGUGUGUAAAGCGGCGCCGUAAUCGUUAGAGCUACAUUGCCCGUAAUACGUGCACGGUGCCCGAAAAUGGCCCUGAACCCCAGCGCGGUGGGGAAAAAGGACUCAGAAUGUACCGAGACGGGCGAACUCCACCUCGACGGUGGCGAACCCCAGAAGAAUUCAGCCGCCACCUCGGCCACAGCCAACCAAAAUGGCGAUCAGGCUGGAUGUGGAGACAGUGUAAUGCCUGAACAAGAAACCCCUGAGCGGCGGAGGAGCACGCAGACGGACCCCCGGAGCUUUAGCAGUUCACCUUUGCCGGGCCAGAGACCGAGCGAAGAGCUGCCACGGAGAAAUUUCCAAAUUCCGAGGAAGAUAAGAGAACGGAAAGGCUUGUAUCAGUUUCUGCCCCCUGACAGCCGGGAGUUUGAGGACCUUGUGAAGAUUGUCUCCUCGUUUUACCUAGACUCAUCAUCACGAGGAACCUUCUCCUACUGCAAGGCCAGGCUCAUUCACAAUGAACUGCUGGAGAAGGAGUUCAUCGAGAAGCGGAGAGAGAUGAAGCAGGAGGGGCGGACCGAACAAGAACUGACUGAGUCCUACUGCUUCCUUUACCCAGACAAAUCUAAGCUCCAGUGGAUCUGCGAGAAGGGUCUGUCUGUUGGACACUCCAGGAUUACUACACUAGGAAAUCCAUCAGUGGGUGUUUAUCUCUCCAAAUAUUCUGAUUUGUUACAAAUCAAUCCUUUUGAAGUGGGCUCAUCUGGAGACAUGAUCAUUUUUAAAGUUAUGAGGGGUCGAAUAAAGCACAUCCAUGAGAACAUGCCUAAGAAUGCAAUGGAGCCCACACCUAAGUUUGACUGUCACUUAUCCAAAAGUGCCAAUAGGGUUACGUCUUUGCUGUCUUACAGGGCUUUUGAGCUCACACAGCAAUAUUUUUAUGAGUUUGCAUUCGAUGAGAUCAAGGCACGGCCCAGGCACGUGUGCCCCUACGCUGUGGUUUCCUUUAAGUACAAAGGCAAAGAGGCUGCUGCAGCUCCUAUGACUGCACACAGGUUUAACACUAUGUCCCCUGAAGGAAGUAGAGGUAAGAACUGCUACACUGUGUGGAGUGGUCCACUAGUGAACAAGGGCCAGGAGUUAUUCCCAAUCUGUUUACGAUCCUCCUUGCGACCCUACCUUCCUUUCAAACUGCCUGAGAGGCUGGAGGUGAAUCGGGGCAUGCAGCUAGACCAGGUGAAGCGAAAGAUUCCCUCUGUGCUCUUUUCUUGGGACACCUACAGAGUAUCACGGGAAGUGAUGAAAUGUGGGAUGUCCUGUAGCCUGUUUGAGGUGGUGGAUGGAAAAGGCAAACCGACCAGUGGAAGCCUGGCAGCGCUGGUCAACAAACUGGAGAGAGAUAGGAUGGUGCUGGUGAAGUCCCUGUUUGACAGGGGCUUUCUCUUCCUGCUGUCCUCAGCUCAGAUGGUUGAGUCCAAAGAGCGGCGGGGGCGGGCAGAGAAGAACCUGCAAGCAUUGUUCAUCUUUCAGGAGUCAAGGAUGGUUGUCAAGUAUUCAUCCAGACUAUUCGAGCCAGAGCCGCUGACGGUGGAGCCCCAGCCCACUAUCCUGUCCUCCUUGGAGCCCUUUAUCCCUGCUCUGCACUAUGCCCUGUUCAAGCUGCGCCCCAACCCAGGCAAGGACCUGAGCUCUGGAGUGGAGCGGCAGGCCAAUGAUUACCUAACGCGUAUGGAUUCAGGCACGGUCCGGCCGUUCAUCCUUCCCGACUACAAAUAUAACGUGGACGAUUGGACCAACCCGCUCCCAGUGCCCAGACCCAAAUAUAACAUGGACGCCGUGCUGCGUUCUUACGUCCACAACCCUGCCAACUAUAUGUUACCUCUGAACAAGGCAAAGGACAUCAUUGAAAGAAUACGGAACCCCGUACCCGUUCCCAUACCCAUACCCAUACCCACACCUGCUCCAGCCCCAGUGGAAUACAGCCCUGUUUCUGACUGGGGCGGCUCGGACAGGGGCUCAGACAGGGCAGAGAGACCCCCAGAGAGGCCAGCCCAGGAAAAACCUCCACCAGCAGACAGCAGCAGGCGGAGGCUUGGGUUGGCCCAUUCAAACGGAGCCCAGUUGCAGCACAAGUCCCACAUUGAGUCCCAGCCUCAGCCCCAGAGGUUACGGCUGUCCCAGAAUGAGUACGAUAAAGACAAGAUGAAACAGCUGCUGAAGCUGAUUCAGCUCCAUAAGAAAGCACUAAUAAAGGAUCCUGGGAAGGAACGGGGAGAGGAUGGGGCCUGGGAUGCCAACAGUCUGAAGAGGAAGUUUGAGGGAGAUGAGAGGGGAGGCAUGAACAAACAUCAACGAACAGAUCCGCUGAGCAAUGGGGAACCCAGUCGAGGCACGCAAGCAGGUGAGAUGGGAGAUGAAGGUGGACAGAGCGACAAUCUGACAGCAGUAAUGGAAAGCAUGGGCAUCUAUGACACUGAUCUGAGGGCCCGUGGCAAUACCAACACCUCAGCGGUCAACGAGACUCAGCGGCUCCUCAAGAUCCUCCUGGCUACUCUCAACAAAGCCGUGGCUCAGGGUUCAAUGCCUGUGCAGUCAAACCACGGUGAACCAUCGACGGGUUCAGGCAGGGGGGAGCCUUCCUUCCCUGACCCAGAUCUUAGGAAACAAAAUGAGCCAGCAUCACAAACAAACUACACAGAGGAGGACAUGGACUGUAGCCCUGGUAGUCCAUUCAGCGCGGGCUCCCCACCAGAGCAAGCACACACCUCAGAUAACCCAACCUGGGUUAUCCCCAACAGUGAAGAAAAAGCGCAACCUUUGCCUGAGCCGAAGCCCGAGCCGGAGCCGGAGGAUGCGAUAGUGGCAGACAGUCACCCAGAGCCGAAGACGCCUGUAGACGUGGAAGUAAAAAAGGCUGCAACACCCACAACCACAUUACCAGUCGUAGAGGAGGUUCCCUUUAGGCCCUCCAUCAGCCUGGAUACCAUACUCAACCAGGAAAUUCAUAGCCUCACUUCUGACAUUAAAAACAUCAUGCAGACCCACCACAUCUGCUAUACCUCGCAGCUACCACCGCGGUUGCCUCCACGCCACUGCUGGCUGCCCAACAGCUGCUUCUCAGACUUUGUUGUACCCUACGUCUCCCCUGUCCCUAUCCAGGGGCAUGUAAAAGCACUGUGUGAGAAGAUGGACAAGUUGAUCCCAGACCCACCUGCUCCCUCUGAGGUCACUUCUCCACCUCCCCCCAUGACAACUAAUCUUACAACACCAGCCCCUGCCCCCAACCCCAUCCAGACUUCCAAAACUAAAGCAGAGCCCCCUGUGUCAAAGAGUACCAACUCCUCACAGAGUGGUAAAAUGGGCUCUGUCAAAGAGACUGCAGCCACAAAGGCCAAAACAGAAGUUGCAUUAACAGAGCUGGGGGUAGAUGUUUAUUCUCCCUCUCAAGUCACACCAGGCUCUCCAGACCCCAGCUCCCAAAACCCAGGCUCUACUUCUGGUAGUGGGUCCGGUCUGCUGGCUGGCAGCCUCAUUGGUCAGCUGAAGCCUGAGGUUUUCAGCAGUCUGGUGGAGAUCUUUAAGGACGUCACCAAGAAUACAGUGAAAUUCUACAUCUACUCUGGAGACGAGGGGGAGGAGAGCACUGUCUGCAAGGAGAUAAAGGAGUACUUGAAAAGUCUUGGGAACAGUGAGUGCAGCCCGCAGACAUUUCUGGAAAACAGCGGCAGUUUAGAUAAGCUCCUCAUCAUCAUUCAGAACGAGGAUAUCGCUGCACACGUGCACAAGAUCCCAGCUCUGGUGUCUUUGAAGAAGUUGCCUUCAGUGAGUUUCGCUGGAGUGGACAGUCUGGAUGAUGUUAAGAAUCACACUUAUAAUGAGCUCUUUGUGUCUGGAGGCUUCAUGGUGUCUGACGAGUUUGUCUUAAACCCUGACCUUAUCACACAGGAUCGUUUGCAGGGGUUGCUGAAGUUCUUGGAGGAGCAGAGCACCCCUGAACACCCCUGGCAGUGGAAGGUGCACUGUAAGUCACAGAAGAAGCUUAAAGAGCUGGGGAGGUUAAACACCAACGCCAUGGGGCUGCUUAACCUUCUGACAGCCUAUCAGAAGAAGCACCUAGUGGAGUUCCUCCCUUACCACGAGUGUGACACCCAGUCACGUCAGGCUCCAGAUCUGGAAUGCCUGAUCAAACUCCAAGCUCAGCACACACAGCAGCGGCACCUUAUCUUCCUCACAGAGAGGCCAUUUGAGAUGUUCCUACAGUACUCCAGAAAUGGAAUAGUGAUAGCGAGCAUUGAUGAUGUUAUGAGCGGUUUCCACAGUCUGAUUGGCUCCAUUAAUCAGAAUGAGCUUCCAACACCGCCCUCUACUGUAGUGAAUGAUGAGUGUGUGGAAGAGGAGGACAUGUCAUUAGACUCUGAUGAUGGUGAGCCAUCCACUAUAGCAGAUGCCUCACAGCAGAAUCAGGAAGUCGAGAAGAAGAAGCCUCCACAGCCGCCUCCGCCAGAUAUGGAGGAGUUUCGUCCUCCGCUCCCAGACCAGCAGGUGACCCCUGAGAGAACUCCGACGUUAUCGGACUACAGUGCUCUCAAAACAGCCAUCUCUCAGUUCAAAGCCACCAACCAGAUAGGCAUGGGCCCCUCAGACAUUGGCAGCUUGUCACCGGGAGGUUUUCCUGUGAAUCCCCACCAGAGCUUCCUGUGUCCUUCAGCCUCCUGGUCAUCCUACACUGGCUCUUCUAGCUAUGCGGCCUCCCCAGCCUAUCCAGCCUCACCCUGCAGCAGCACCCAGGAACCGGACUAUCGCCCCCCAUCUACAGCUUCUGCCACAGUCCCAACCCCCCCCGUCAUGGCCACACCAGGACCUCUAGCCAACCUGGCGUCCCUCCCCUUGGAGGUCAAACCUCCCCCUCCACCUCACCUCAUGAUGCUGGGUCACACGUAUGGCUCGGACACAGGCGGAGCUGGGGCUACUGGGAACUCUCCACUGACCACCUCCCUCCCUUACACAGACCAUAGUGACACAGCCCAGCCAGGUUAUAUGGCUGGCAUUCCUAAAAAUGCUAGUGGGACUCCCACGCAGCACGACAGGACACUCAGUGGACCUCGGGAGGGUAUAUGGGGCACUGCAGGGACGAGCACUUGUGAGACUGGCAGUGGCCAGGGUGUGGCCAAAUCCGGCCUAUUGGAUCCCAGUGGGCUCCCUAAGACUGGAGAAACCCUUGGAGGCAGCACCCCUGGUAGUCAAGGGGGCAGGACUCAGGUUAAUUGUGCUAACAACCUUGGACCAUCUGUGGGCAUUCCCACAGUGGCCACCAGGGGGGGCUCAGUACUCAGACCUAAGCUGCCUCCACAUCCAAUAUGUGGUGUUGGCUAUGGUAGUAUAGGUUGUAUCCCUGGACAGAUGGACCAUGGGCCUAUGCGGAUUGCUAUGGGUCCUGGUUCUUUAGGGAUUUAUCGAGGGAGAGGGAUCCCACCGGGACUUUGGCCUCGGCUAGGACGAGGACAUGAUCGGGGGGAUGGGACUGGAGGUGGACCCUGCUCUUGGGGUUACCCAGCAGGCAGGGGUGGGGCACAGAAUUACUACUCGGACUACACAUUUUCUCACAAUUAUGCCCCAGAAUAGACAAUCAACAUGAUCAAAGGGGCAAGACAAACGCCAUACUCCAGAGACUAUUAGAGCUGGCUGAAUGUAUAUAUUUCCUUGUCAUAAACACAUUGAUUUAAAUCGGUAAAUAAGGAUCCUGGUUUUCUACAUUAAUAAAAAUUGAUACAGGCAGUGCCGAGUGUCCUACUGUCGUGUAAACUGUAUGUACACUCUUUCCAUGUGAGCUAUUUGAGACCCUGUUCAAACCACUAUAUUUAUAUUUGCCAAGAAAUGUUAAUGGCCUUCCAGCUUCUCGGAAUUUAUCAUGUUAUUUCUGUUUGUCCCGGUUUUGAAAUGGUUUGUGAACAAGGGGAAAGGCUGAUAUUUUUUUAAGGAAAAAAAAAAAAACUAGUGAAUGAAAUUUCACUUUUGCUGUUGGUUUUCUUUUUUAUUUUACAUAUUUGGUUGUCCUAAAUUCUAUUAAAAUAAAACAUUUCAAAUCUUGUUUGUGUGACAGGUUUGAUGACAGUGUCAAGCAAACCAUUAAAAUUAUAAAUCACA